GAAAACGGGUGGCAAAAAAUCUGCUCGCUGCCAAGCACGACGGAGGAGGAGAAGAGCAGGCCCCAACUCCCAAGCGGCGCCCAGUGAGCAACGACCGCGAGCUAGCUCGAUUCCGCUCCGCUCCGGUUCGAUUCGAUUCUGCGGCAUCCUCCUCCCCGUCAAACCAGUCCCUCUCCGUCCCUGCUCGUCUCCAGAAGCAAGCUUUGGAGCUACAUAUCAAUGAGCAUUCGGAAGGAGAAUUGACAUACAUAUAGCAGUUGAAAGGAUGGGUUAUGGCAUGAGUAGGCUACAUGAGGGAUACAGUGAGCCUGAAGGGCUGAAUAGUGAUGGAUCUAGUUCAGUCGAAGUGAAUAAUGAUUUCUCAAAGUUACACAAUGAUAUUUUCCAUAUGACUCGACUAAGAUCAGGACCUAGUGAAAGCAUCCGCAAGUCCAUGGAUAGAGUCUCAGUGACUAGGUUGUUACGUGGAAGGGAAGUUAAUUCUUCAGGAAAUGGAAAGUUCUCUCCGGUUGAUCGUGCAUUCGUUCUUGGUCAUUAUCUUCCAGUGGAUGGUCCUGAAACGGUGGAUACAAUGGAUUCACGAGCUUAUGUUUCACAGUUUUCUGCCGAUGGUUCUCUUUUUGUUGCUGGUUUUCAGGGAAGCCACAUAAGAAUAUAUGAUGUCGAUAAAGGUUGGGAAAUACACAAGGACAUUCAUGCUAGAAGUUUGAGAUGGACAAUUAGUGAUGCAGCGUUAUCACCUGAUCAAAGGUUCCUUGUCUACUCUAGUCUGGCACCCAUUAUCCAUAUUGUCAAUGUUGGUACUGCUUCAAGAGAAUCAUAUGCUAAUGUCACUGACAUCCAUGAUGGAUUAGAUUUUUCAGAGCAUGAAGAUGUUAGAUAUUCAUUUGGACUCUUUUCUGUUAAAUUUUCCACUGAUGGGCGGGAGCUUGUUGCUGGCAGUAAUGAUGAUUCAAUAUAUGUCUAUGACCUUCAGGCCAACAAAGUGACAUUGCGUUUGCCUGCCCAUACAUCUGAUGUCAACACAGUAGCAUUUGCUGAUGAAUCUGGUAACCUACUUUAUUCUGGAAGCGAUGAUAACUUGUGCAAGGUCUGGGACAGACGUUGUUUGUCCACAGGGGAAGCGGCUGGGGUUUUGACUGGACAUCUGCAUGGCAUUACUCAUAUUGACAGCCGUGGAGAUGGUCGAUGUUUCAUAUCAAAUGGAAAAGAUCAAGCUAUUAAGAUGUGGGACAUCCGGAAAAUGACAUCCAAUGCUGAUGGUUCCGAAAACAGAGUCCCUGCCUGGGACUACAGAUAUUCAAGAUAUCCACAACAGUACAAGCAACAAAAGCAUCCACAUGACCAGUCAGUAGCUACAUACCGGGGCCAUUCAGUUCUCCGUACAUUGAUUCGUUGCUAUUUUUCUCCCACAUAUAGCACAGGACAGAAAUACAUAUAUACAGGAUCUUAUGAUGCUAGUGUCUGCAUCUAUGAUGUGGUAAGUGGGUCGCAAGUUGCCAAACUGCAAGGACAUCAUCAUUUGGCAGUUCGAGACUGCAGCUGGCAUCCGUCCGAUCCAAUGCUUGUCAGUUCAUCAUGGGACGGCCAGGUUGCCAGAUGGUCCAGGACUCGCUCCAAGCAAGAUACUUGUGAACUCGAUUAAAUCGAGUGUGCAGAUACUUCGCGUGCCCUGUAAUCUUCCGAUAUCAGGUGCAAUCUUGGGUCAAAAGGGAUACUCGGCACGGUUUGACAAAACAAUAGAAAAUGAAAAGGAACUCUAGCUAUGAUGUACAUAUAAAAUGGAAGCCAAGCCAAGUGCAUAUGUAGUAGUAUUUCAUUACACCUUCGGAGAAGGUAACGAAACAACCUAUCCUUAGAUGGUGCAUACGUGUAUACGUCCUUGGUUGUUUUUGCUCUUCCGGUGAGCAGUUGCAGCUCAUCCUUUCAGAAGCAGAACUGUUUGUACUUCGUGAGAGAAAUUUGUUGCAGCAAAAGCACUGUAUAUUUGUACCUAUACUACCUGUACUUUGCAAGAAAUUUCUCGCAGCUAGAUGUAGUCGUGGUUUCGUAUUUUCCUUA